AUGCCGCUAAAAGCUAUUGAGAACUUCGCACAGCCCCCGCGUCCUCGCGACAAGGUUUACGGACGGCGGAGACAUGUACCCUUGGAGACAAGAGACACAAAUCUUCAAUUAUUUGGCGGAAGCGAUGCAAAGGAGAUCGAGAAGGCGAUAGCAACGCUCACGAUAUCACACGAUAAUACGAAGGCUGUGCGCGAGAAUGGCAGGAGCCCUGAGCGUGAGAGACAUGAGCCUGAAGCGUUGUGUUCCGCCAAACCGGCAGUCAUACACCAGGGCCAGGCGCCAGAAGGGAAGUCGAGUACCCAGCAGACUGCAGUCAGAAAGGCCAGAGGCGAGGCACGGUCCAAGCGUGUGAGAUCUCGUCGCGAUCCAAGGCUCAAGACCGCUGUUCUGUCAGAAGUGGAAUCAAUCGCCCUACGGCCUGUCCUUGCCUUCCCAAGAGUGGAAUCCACGGUACUCGAUUUUGAGAGCUUCGGUACACAGCUGACCAAGAGAUACGACAUUCUCAAACUAUCGGAAGGAUCCUACAGCGACUGCUUCGUCAUCAAACAUCCCGACCAAGCCGCAGAAGUUGCUGUGAUGAAGAUCAUCCCGUUGGACUGCGACUCGGAUCGAACGUCAAGUGUAGCGACCCACUCACAAGGGUUUCUGCGUGAAAUCAAGGUACUGUCUGCACUCGAACCCUAUCACGGCUUCGCACAAAUCUUCACCAGCCGAUUUGUCAAGGGCAGAAUGCCUGAGCGUUUCAUUCAGGCAGCUAGAAGCUGGCUUGAAGAAACGACUGAGGACGUGGACAAAACAAUAGAUCCAGGGACCAAGUUCUCCGAUGAUCAGAUGUUUGGAAUCAUUGAGAUGGGGUUUGCCGGUCGAGAUUUGGAAUUACUGACGAAGCCGUCAGCAUUCCAGGCUUUUGAUGCCUUCUGGACGACCGUCAUCUUAAUUGGCAAGGCCGAGUCGGACAUCGAGUUCGAGCAUCGUGACCUUCACAUGUCCAACAUCUGCUUCAAGCCGGGCAAGGAUGGAAGGGACGAUGUUUCUGAUGACUUUGUCCAGAGCAUCAAAACCGUGCCGGACUCGAUUCUAGGCUUAUCCGGUUUGGACAUUAGUAUCAUCGACUACACACAUUCGCGGAUGAAGUACUCGUCAAGCGAUGAGGUUCUUUUUAACCCAGAGGCACCGUUCUCGGAAGCGGAGCUUGUAGAGCUUGCUAGAGACACACGGCUGGGUGACCAGACGGACACAGUGAUCAAGGCGGACGAAUGCAUGUCACGUCAAGCCAGGGACAGCUCAGGGGGAGCACCCAAGUACUCCGCCUUUACGCCCAAAACGAACGUUAUAUGGUUGUCGCACGUACUGAAUCAGCUCACGCUCCGCGCACGCGCAGGGAGGAAUUGGUCAAGCAUAGCAGGGAGCUCGUCAUGCGCCAAGCGGAUGCAGGCGGGGAUGUGGGAGAGUCUGGUGGAAGUCAAGAAGUGCAUCGGGUCCAGCGACCUGGACGCUCUGCCCACCAGCGCGGAGGAAUUACUGCUCCUGGCCAUAGAAAAGGGCUGGAUCAGCAAAUGCGACGUGGACUCUUUUUCGGCCCGUCUCAACAGCGGUUCGCAAACGCCUUGA